GUUGUGUCUUUGAAAGAGAGGAGGAGGUUGAGGAUGAUCUACUGGAUGGGAGGGAGCUCUGAGAAUGCUGGUGCCUAGACGCUGUGCUGCCGUGCAGGUGGCUGAAACUCGCCAAGAGCCUGUGUAACAGCCGAUGAAGGCACCUUUUAGGGCUCGAUCCGCCCAGGUCGAUUCCUGCAGGACUCAAACAGCUCUUCGCCAUGCCUCUCCGACUACCAGCACCGGGUUUCCGCUCGCUCAAAGUUUCCAUUCCUCUUGCGUCCUAUGCACUUCUCACUCGGGCUUUCCUGUCUCGCCACGAAGCCAAGUUAGCAGACCCGGUUUGAUACAAGGUCUAGCAGUCCCAAUGGAUCACCGCUCUAAGAAACACAAGACGUCUCCCCUGAGAACCAAGCACCCGAAACGAGCUCCUCGGGGAAGAAACCCAGAAACGCCGUUGACUUAUUUCAAACGCCGCAUGCCAGUUUUGGCGAAAGAAACCAAUCUGCGGCUACAACACGGAAAGAAACAGCAGGCGGAAAGACCAGCUUCUUUCCUUUGGCAUAUGCUCGGGAAUCCUGAAAACGGCAGGGAGGCAAGUCUGCUAGCCGAUAUGCUGGAAGCGGUGCUUGCGGUUCAAGAAGAGUUGAAGAACUUGGAGGUUCGAAGGGACGGUACAAGUGAGGCCGCCUGUAUAGAUGCAGCCUCAAGGUGCCUGUCGGUUGAUAAUGAGUUGGUGAAGCUAGGCAAGGGAGGUUUGACGGAGAAGGACCGGGCUGUGAUAGAGUUUUGCAAGCUUGUGUAUAAUGUUGAGCGACAGUCAGAGGGAAGCGGAACAAGACAAGGUGUGUAGCCAAAAGCUGUAUUGAUGAUGGUGAGGAAGCUAGCUAUUGAGCGGAAGGAGGAAAGAUAUACACAGGGUGCUGAGUAAGCCUGCUAGAGAGGAAGGGGCCGACAAUGUGGAAGAGUUCAACUUCACUUGGUUCUAGACGGUCGGCGAAAUUAGAAUGAGGUGGGAAGGAAGGACACUUUUUUCCAUA